AUGUGCAGUCUUAAAUGCUGCAGUCUCAGAGCCCUUUUUCUGUUGAUGCUGUGUAGGCCAAUGCAAAUUCCUGAAGCUGAAGGAAAAGGUGAAAUUCUACCUCCAACUAUACAAAAAAUAAUAAAAGGAUACAACAAGUAUCUACGUCCUUUUUUUGAUAAUGGUCCUGUGUCAGUUGGAAUGAGCCUGGAUAUUGCAAGCAUUGAUACAAUAUCAGAAAUAAAUAUGGACUACACAGCUACCAUAUUUCUAAGGCAGCGAUGGACUGAUGAGAGACUUUGUUUUGAUGGUAAUAAGAGUUUAAGCUUAGAUGGUCGGCUUGUGGAAAUGCUUUGGGUACCGGAUACCUUCAUAGUUGAUUCAAAAAAAUCUUUUCUUCAUGAUAUCACUGUUGAGAAUCGUCUCAUAAGAAUAUACCCUAAUGGAACAGUAUUGUAUGCUCUACGGUAUGUAUAUACCAUCAAUACUCUUUCAGCAUGCAGCAUGGAUCUGACCAAAUAUCCGAUGGAUAAGCAGACGUGUACUUUGCAACUGGAAAGCUGGGGUUACAACAUCAAUGAUGUUAUGUUUUACUGGACUAGAGGAAAUGAUUCAGUUCGAGGUUUGGACACACUUCAACUGGCACAGUAUACAGUAGAAGACCACUUUACCUCUGUAUCCGAAGCGGUAUAUGAGACAGGACGUUACCCAAAAUUAGUGUUUCACUUUGAACUCAAGAGAAAUAUCUUGUAUUUCAUACUAGAGACAUAUGUACCAUCAAUCCUGCUGGUUGUACUCUCCUGGGUAUCGUUUUGGAUAAGCCAGUCAUCAGUUCCAGCCAGAAUCUGCAUAGGUGUUACCACAGUUCUUACUAUGACAACACUGAUGAUGGGAGCCAGAACUUCGCUCCCAAAUGCUAAUUGCUUUAUUAAGGCCAUUGAUGUAUACCUCGGUAUCUGCUUCAGUUUCAUCUUUGGAGCACUGUUAGAGUAUGCUGUGGCUCAUUUCUGUACUCUGCAUCGACUCAGUUCAAAGGAAUUUCCAAAGGAUGAGGAUGAAGAGGCUGAAGAAGAGAGGAAUGGAAUCCUGGCAGCAGUUGCUAACAGUUGCAGUGCCCCUGACAAUAUGAACAAGAUUAAUUCAAACAAGAGCUGCAAAACCAGCAUUGACAGAAAAAGGGAGAGAAGUAAACACAGUGGGUGUGGUUCACCAUUGUCAGUAAUGAAAAGACUUUGCUGUAUCUUUGAUUGCUUCCAUGUUAAAAAUCCUUACCACAUAGACAAUUAUGCCAGAUUUUCUUUCCCGUUAUCAUUCAUCAUAAUUAAUGUAUUUUAUUGGGUAUAUUAUUUGUAUUUCUAA